CAGAGAAAACCCAGAUUUCUCGGCAAACGACCGAAAAUGCCGUUUAGGUCUAAUGGCCCUAAUUACCUUCUUUCGUGUGACGGCCACGAUAAACUUGCGGGCUACCAGAAUUCCUUAUUUGAUCUGAAGAUAUACGGAUGUUUAGAUACGUUUAGUCGUAAGAUCUUGUAUUUGUGGAUUGGCCAAACGAAUAAGGAUCCAAAGGUAAUUGGUCGUCUCUAUUUGGAUUACCUAAUAGAGAGUAGACUGUUACCACGACGACUACGCCUUGACGCUGGUACAGAAACCGGGCACAUGUGCGCUAUACAGAAGUUUCUGCUCGAGCGACAAGGCAUAGACCAGAGUGAGUCAGAGGGUGUCAUUAUCGGUCCUUCUGUGGACAACAAAAUCGAGCGAUUUUGGAGGGACUUGCGUGAGGGGAUGGUGGAUAAUUUUAGACCUGUACUAAGAGCUUUAUACGAGGAUGGUCUGUACGAUCCAACAUCACAAGAAGACCGCGAGAUCUUAUCGGGGAUAUUCAUACCCAUAGUUCGACAAGAAUUGCAGCGCUUCAAGAACUAUCACAAUUCUAAACGGUACGUAGUCUCAACAAACAAUACUGUCUUAGAACUCAGCACAUAA